CAGGUGAUAUAACGUGUGCGCGUGCGCCGGCGGCUCACUUGUACGCGAAGCUCCGCUGCCAUCGCUCGCGCAACUUAAAGCUCUCUAAGCUUCCCUUAUCGUGCAGUGCUGUUGCGAUCGCAGCGCCGACCGGUCGUGCGCCCUUACUCGCGAUCAUGCUGCAAGAAAUUCAACUCGUUCAAGGUCAGACGAACUAUGUCGUCGUUUCAUCCGGAUACCCGUCGACGACUGUAACAAAGGCGACAAUGGAAAAGAGAAAUAUACCAAUCGCUCCAGCUCCUGAGAAAAAUUACGUGACACACGACACACCUCCAAACUUGCAAUACAGAAAGAAGGUGCACUUCAGAACAAACCCAUACACCGGACCUCAGGCUGCGUCGAUAGCGCGCCGCAACGCCAGGGAACGUAAUCGCGUGAAACAAGUGAAUGAUGGAUUCAAUGCCUUGCGCCGCCACCUCCCAGCUUCCGUAGUCGCCGCCCUGUCCGGUGGCGCUAGACGUGGUUCCGGUAAAAAACUUAGCAAAGUUGACACACUAAGGAUGGUUGUCGAGUAUAUAAGGUAUUUACAGCAAUUAUUAGAAGAAAGUGACGCAGCUCUGGGCAUUACCCGUGAUCAGGAAAAUAGAGAAAAUAUUCCAAAUAGUAACAAUGCUCAGCCAAUGACUUCUAUAGAUAUGGACGAUGGAUUUUUCUAUGGAAGCGGUUCACCUUGUUCUGAAAAAGCUGAUUCUCCAGCACCAUCCGAGUGCUCUUCUGGAGUGUCAUCAGCUUAUUCCACAGUAGAUCGCUACGAGGUUACGACACAGCAGAAUUUAGGUCCUAUGGAUGAAGACGAAUUACUAGACGUCAUCUCGUGGUGGCAACAAAAAUAGCGAUAUGGUCAAACAACUGCAAUAUUGGACGAUUCCCUCCGAUAAUACGUGCAUUAUUUUUGCAUUUAUUGUGAAUAAAUACGAAAAGACUCUUGUAUAUCUAGUCAAACCAGUAGUGCCUUAUCAUAGAUGUGUUUUCUUAGCGAGCAUUAAAACCUCGAUGUGCUAAUGAAAGUUCCACUUUCGUUUAGUUUUGUCAUUUGUUACCUGUUAAUUAAACUUAUUGAGGCUUUGUAAUUCAUGCAAGUGUACAAUUUAAGUACUUAAGAAGCCUACCAACAAUUGUAAAUAAGUAUUAGGUAAUAAUUUUAACUUAAGGAAUAGAAAUAAAUUAUUUAUUGAAUUUUAUGAA